UUCGUCUGGGUUCCAGGUGUGACUUGACUUGUAUCCGGUAGGUCAAGGAAGGGGGAUUUGGAGAUUCUUGAAAGAAUGUUUUGGCUUCUUCCUAUUACGCUUCAACACAGAAGAAGAUUGUUAAAAGGUGCUGGAAGGAGGAUAUAUUUUUCCAAUUGUUUCAAUUGCCCAACCUCGGAAUGGCCAAGGUUUAAUGAUUUCAUGUAAUUCUUCCGCUUACAGGUUUUUAAUCGGUCUGUAUCUUUGGCAAGCCUCACAUCCUCGGGCGUAUUUCUUGCAAUCUUUUUCCAUGUUUGGCCAAUAAAAUAAAACCCAUAUCCGUGUAUCAGCCAUCUCAUUCUUCUGCCCGCUUGAUGUGCUCCAGCGAUUCUUUCAUGGACCUCAGCCAUUACCAAUAAAGCCCCCCUUUACCUUCUCUUUCUAUUCUAUAAAAAGGCGAACAUCUAAUCUAGGCCCGGUCGCCUUUCUAUGAAAGCGAGCAGCCCAGCCCCCUUGUGGAAAUUUGGAUAUUAAGGAAGCCGUAUUUCGCAAUAGCAGCUACGAGAAGCUGGGCUUAGGGUGCGCCUCCAGCGGUCGUUUCAGUGACUCAAUUGGCUGGCUUCCCUCAGCUCAGACUGGUGUCGCCACCUCUCCCAGGACCGGAAUGAUUAUCCCUGCCCGAUGGGUCUACAUUCAUCCCUGAAUGUCGUCGGGUACUCUUCACUUCCCCGCCAUUCUUGUAACCGUCACCUGUAAUCCGUGCAGGUGUGUCCGCACCCCCUGGAGUGGACGAGAAAGAAAGGAUUUUUUCUCGGAGCAACCCCCCUGGUUCCAGACCCAGGAGUUCACUUUCCCGUAUGAGCAUUCGAAGGGUCGUCUGAGGGUUCGCCGCGGUUCAUUGCUGUGCUUACACACUAGGCUACCCUUCUCCGAAAGCUCCGCGGGACCACCUAUCACUAGUCUUCGGCCGGAGGGGUUUAUUGCAAAAAGGCCGGGACGCAGGCUCCCGCAGAGGAAAGCCCAACGAAUGUCAGAUGCAAAGCCCCGCACCUCAUUAAGAUCAUAUUGGCAUACUCUCCCAAAAAAAAAAGAGCAGACCCCAUUGAAGACGGGAGUGAGGUACAACAAGGCCAUUUCCGUCCCUUCUCACGGAGCCGUACGUGGACGUUACCGCUCAUACAGCUCCCAGCCAGCAAGAGUUAGCUUUCCUCUAGAAGUCAUGGAAGUGUGGAUAAAUCGACAUCAAACUCUAGUCGACAGAAGGUUUUUCUUUUUUUCCCGCUCGCUGUAG